AGAAGUGCCGUUACAAAGGACGAAUGUUUAGCCUCAGUGACUGUGCGCUAAAUGUAAACAAACACUGAUGCCUUUCUACAUUAAGUCCAACCACCACCACUAUCACCACCACCACCACCAACAACAACAACAAUUAGUCCAACCAACCCCACCGCAUCUAACCUGAAACUGUAACUGCAAUUGAGGCUGUGACGCACAACCUGCAUGGCCUCAACAAACACCAAGAAGGCCCAUAGAUCGCUAUUCACUACCUGACAGAAAACUUGGAAAUAUAUUAAUUUUUAUUAACUAAAUGAACAAGAAAUAAAGACCAGAAAAAAGUUUAUAGGAGCACUGGCCUGAAAGAAGAAAACCACAGCCACUAAGAAACUAAAACUGUGAAAAAUAAUAAAAGUGAAAGAUUAAAGCAACAGAAAAUUAUAAUACAUAAGUUCAGGAAAACGAAAACAGUGGGAGCUGAGGCCAAGGCGUAUCACACGAACACUACUGGACUGGAAACAAACACUGCAGCAAAUAGAUCACCACCUGACCACCUCGUAUCCCUGCCUCCUAUUAUUCACUGCUCACUGACUCAUCCCGUGGCGGAAGAAGGACGAGGGAUCACAAGUACUACGACUAUAUGACGAUAAAGAUAUGGAGAGGAAAGUUAUAAAAUGUGCUUGGUCUUAAGAUACAUAACUAGAAGAGAUUGGAAGACCGUUUGAGAUACUAAACUGAUGCAGAAAGCAAUCCUAUAAGACGGGAAAUUGUAAGAUCUUUAGGAUAAGUGCACCCUUGACGGAUACAAGGGCCUCCCUUUGCUGCCCUUUGUAUUGACAGAAUAUAAAAACAACUUCAAGAACCAUAGGAAAUGAGCUUCUACCUCCUGCCUCCCACUGGCAUAACGUCACUGCAUUCACUCAUGAAAGAUGCAGAAACAAGGCUUCUUUACCUAUGUCAGCUUCACCAGCGCUGGGGUGACAGUGAGAAGAUUCAGAAUCUUUUCCGUGACCACCUCAACCUUGCCUUCAACAGUGACUGUCUCAUUGAAGGCACAGAGAAGGACUGCACAACGUCAUACAUGCUCAAACUUGCAGCUUUGGGUGAUGGAAAAUUUCAAAGUUUCCUGACCAAUGCGGAAACAUUAUUUCUGGAACAUCGGCUGGUGUGUGGAGGAGAAGCAGCAAUAAGGGACACCAUAUCAGAGGCACUGACUCACUCAGGUUUUGCCCUGGAGAGUGUAUACCUCACACAUUCGCAACGUGUAUUUAUUCAACAACUACAAGAAGUGUUAAGAAGUCUUGUGGUUGCUGGAAUGAAUGAGUGUGAGGACCGGCAGCUGUGCCACCACUCUGUUAAAGUUCCAUGGACCCUGGUGCUGCCCAUGGUGAAGACCCGCAGUGUGGUGCUGGAGGCAGGCCAGGCAGUGGUGGAAUGCUCUCAGGUGGUGCAGUUAUUAUGUCACCUCUUUGAGACAUUAUUUGUUCAUGGGUUCAAGCAGCUAAUUGCCAGUAAAGUACACGAGGACAUACUAGAAGAUAAAAGGAUUGCUGCUGUCAUGAAGAAUCUGUACAGAUUAUACAGAGAACAUCAUGUGGGAAAGAUCAUGAUGCCCUCAAGAUACCUGAAGCACACACAGAUAGAAAAGGGGAGACAUUUUCCAUUGUGCAUGCAGGAGCUGCAUAGAGACUUGAAGAGUCACAAUCGACUCCGCCACUAUGAAAGAUACCGGUUCACUUUGUACCUGAAAGACAUUGGGUUGCCUCUGGAUGAGAAUAUUGCUUUCUGGGAAAGUUACUACAGCAAGCCUCACAGCAGCGGCUCAGGCGGCUGCCAGCACGCAUGGGAAAGCAGCAAGAAACGCUAUGCAUACAGCAUUAGGCACAUGUAUGGCUUGGAGGGACGAAGAGUCAACUGUGCAUCACACUCCUGUUCUAAAUUACAGCAAAUAGAAUCUCAUUCCCAAGAGAGAGGUGGGUGUCCCUUCAGUGCUUACACGCCUGACCAGGUGAUGCCUUUGCUGCAGCCGCUGCUUGGUGCCAACACUCAAAUUGAAGAUGUCAUUGUCAAGGAGAUGACAGCUGAGAGACCCUCUGCUGCCUGUAAGACCCUCAUGGCUUUUACGUUACUUAAAAUGCAGCAAAAAGUAGCCAAUACCACACCUGAUAGUGGUUUGGAACAAGUGGGUAAUCGUAUCACAGGAAGGAAUGGAUGUUCAAAACUGGUUGGACCUAGGUGUGGUACACAUGACCUCAAUGCUGCUUCUGAGUGUAGGUCAGUGCUGGCCACCAACACUACCACCACCACCAUCACCACAACAGCUACUCAGAGAGAGGCAAGUGGCACCUCACAAAUCCCAACCAUGAGAGAUGCUAGUUUGUGUUCGAGUGGUGCCAAAAGAUGUACGAGUGAAAACAGUGAGUGUGAGGCAGCUCUGGUCACCACUACCAACACUGCUACUAAGAGCGAGGCUUGUGGCACCUCACAAACCCCUACCACAGCAGACGCUGGCUUGCACAUGAGAAGUGCCAAAGGAUGUUUAAGGGGGAGUGCAGUGUGUGAUACUGGCUGUCCUGGCAAAACUAAUACUGCAGGAGGAAAAUUUGUAGUUGAUAUUGAGGACAUCACAGCCUUGAUGCCUCAGUGUCUCUUUAACAGACCAUCACAGUAUUACUUAAAGGUUGUCAAUGGUGAGAAGUCUUGACCUAUCAUCAUUAAGGUUAUUAAGGUUGCAUCGUGUGAUGUGAUUAUAUGAGUAUGAGUGUGAUUAUGAGAAAAAAUGAACUAAGGCAUGUUAGGUGGAUGGUAGAGUAACUAAAUGAGAGAUCAAAACAUAGAUUUUUAAUAGAUACACUUUAAAAAACUUGAAAUUAUUAGCUAAGGACUUAAAGAGUUUUUAAAAGAUAGAUCCUAGUAAAUCUUAAAUUAUUGUUAUUGGUCAUUAAGCUUUAGUAGAGUUUCAAGGGACUGACUCAAGGAAACCUAAAAUUAUUGAUAAAGGAUCUUUAGAAUUUUAAGAGAUAGACUCCAAGAAACAUAAACCUAACAUAUUUGAUUGAGGAUCUCAUCCACAAUUUUAAAAGGCAGAUUGCGGAAAACCUAAAAUGAUUAAUUGAGUAUCUUUAUUAGAAUUUUAAAAGAUGGACCCAAGGAAUCCUAAACUUAUUAAUUUAGGAACUUGGUAGAGUUUUAAAGACGCAAUUGAAAAUAAUGUAGUAAUAUUACAUUUUGAUGAAAAAGGAUUUUUUA